CCUGGACUGGACUGCUCCAGCUGUGUCCUGAGGAGCUGGACCAGCCAUAUCCCUUGGGGCUGGAGUUGAAGCAGAACCAAGUGGUCAUCCCAGCGUGAGAGUGUAGAUUCCUGGCCUCGGAUCGGCCAGCACCAGUAGGCAAGCAGGCCUAUCUUCUCAGCCCCGGCUCAGCGAUCAGCACACUGGCUUUCCACAAAGCAGAAUGGCACUGCAAGUGGAGCUGAUACCCACGGGGGAGAUCAUCCGCGUGGUUCAUCCCCACAGACCAUGCAAGCUUGCCCUGGGCAGUGACGGGGUGCGGGUAACCAUGGAGAGUGCCCUGACUGCCCGUGACCGGGUGGGGGUGCAAGAUUUUGUGCUGCUGGAAAACUUCACCAGCGAGGCUGCCUUCAUUGAGAACUUGCGGCGGCGCUUCCGGGAGAACCUUAUUUACACCUAUAUUGGCCCCGUCCUGGUGUCUGUCAACCCCUACCGAGACCUACAGAUUUAUAGCCGGCAGCAUAUGGAGCGUUACCGUGGCGUCAGUUUCUAUGAAGUGCCACCCCACCUGUUUGCAGUGGCUGACACUGUGUACCGGGCACUGCGCACGGAACGCCGGGACCAGGCGGUGAUGAUCUCUGGGGAGAGUGGGGCAGGCAAGACAGAGGCCACCAAGCGGCUACUACAGUUCUAUGCAGAGACCUGCCCAGCCCCUGAGCGAGGGGGUGCUGUGCGAGACCGAUUGCUGCAGAGCAACCCAGUGCUGGAAGCCUUUGGAAAUGCCAAGACCCUUCGGAAUGAUAACUCCAGCCGAUUUGGGAAGUACAUGGAUGUGCAGUUUGACUUUAAGGGUGCCCCCAUAGGUGGCCAUAUCCUCAGUUACCUCCUGGAGAAGUCCCGAGUGGUACACCAGAAUCAUGGGGAGCGGAACUUCCAUGUUUUCUACCAGCUGCUGGAGGGAGGUGAGGAGGAGACAUUGCGCAGACUGGGCUUGGAACGAAACCCCCAGAACUAUCUGUACCUGGUAAAGGGCCAGUGCGCCAAAGUUUCUUCCAUCAAUGACAAGAGUGACUGGAAGGUUGUCAGGAAGGCGCUGACAGUCAUCGACUUCACUGAGGACGAAGUGGAGGACCUGCUGAGCAUUGUGGCUAGUGUCCUGCACUUAGGCAACAUCCACUUUGCUGCUGAUGAGGAGAGUAAUGCCCAGGUCACCACUGAGAACCAGCUCAAGUACAUAACCAGGCUCCUUGGUGUGGAAGGCUCAACACUGCGGGAAGCCUUGACGCAUAGGAAGAUCAUCGCCAAGGGAGAAGAGCUCCUGAGCCCCCUGAACCUGGAGCAGGCUGCAUACGCACGGGAUGCUCUUGCCAAGGCUGUGUAUAGUCGCACUUUCACCUGGUUGGUUGGGAAGAUCAACAGGUCACUGGCCUCCAAGGAUGCUGAGAGCCCCAGCUGGCGGAGUACCACGGUUCUUGGGCUCCUGGACAUUUAUGGCUUUGAGGUGUUUCAGCAUAACAGUUUUGAGCAGUUCUGCAUCAACUACUGUAACGAGAAGCUGCAGCAGCUCUUCAUUGAACUGACACUCAAGUCAGAACAGGAAGAGUACGAGGCCGAGGGAAUCGCGUGGGAGCCUGUUCAGUACUUCAACAAUAAGAUUAUCUGUGACCUGGUAGAGGAGAAGUUCAAGGGCAUCAUCUCCAUCUUGGAUGAGGAGUGUUUGCGCCCUGGGGAGGCCACAGACCUGACCUUCCUGGAGAAGCUAGAGGACACUGUCAAGCACCAUCCACACUUCCUCACGCACAAGCUGGCUGACCAGCGGACCAGGAAAUCCCUGGGCCGUGGGGAGUUCCGCCUUUUGCACUAUGCUGGGGAGGUGACCUACAGCGUGACUGGGUUUCUGGAUAAAAACAACGACCUUCUCUUCCGGAACCUGAAAGAGACCAUGUGCAGCUCAAAGAAUCCCAUUAUGAGCCAGUGCUUCGACCGGAGUGAACUCAGUGAUAAAAAGCGGCCAGAGACGGUGGCCACCCAAUUCAAAAUGAGUCUCCUGCAGCUGGUAGAGAUUCUGAAGUCUAAGGAGCCUGCCUACAUCCGCUGCAUCAAGCCCAACGAUGCCAAACAGCCCGGCCGCUUUGAUGAGGUGCUGAUUCGGCACCAGGUGAAGUACCUGGGGCUGAUGGAGAACCUGCGCGUGCGCAGAGCUGGCUUCGCCUAUCGUCGCAAAUACGAGGCUUUCCUGCAGAGAUAUAAAUCACUGUGCCCAGAGACAUGGCCCACAUGGGCAGGACGGCCCCAGGAUGGUGUGGCUGUGCUGGUCAGACACCUUGGCUACAAGCCAGAAGAGUACAAGAUGGGCAGGACCAAGAUCUUCAUACGCUUCCCCAAGACCCUGUUUGCCACAGAGGAUGCCCUGGAGGUCCGUCGGCAGAGCCUUGCCACGAAGAUCCAAGCAGCUUGGAAGGGUUUUCACUGGCGGCAGAAAUUCCUCCGGGUGAAGCGAUCAGCCAUUUGCAUCCAGUCGUGGUGGCGUGGAACACUGGGCCGAAGGAAGGCAGCAAAGAGGAAGUGGGCGGCACAGACCAUCCGGCGGUUCAUCCGUGGCUUCAUCCUGCGCCACGCACCCCGUUGUCCUGAGAAUGCCUUCUUCUUGGAUCAUGUACGCACGUCAUUUUUGCUUAACCUGAGACAGCAGCUGCCCCGGAAUGUCCUGGACACUUCCUGGCCAACUCCCCCACCUGCCUUACGCGAGGCCUCAGAGCUUCUACGGGAAUUGUGCAUGAAGAACAUGGUGUGGAAGUACUGCCGGAGUAUCAGCCCCGAGUGGAAGCAGCAGCUUCAGCAAAAGGCAGUGGCUAGUGAGAUCUUCAAAGGCAAGAAGGAUAAUUACCCCCAGAGUGUCCCCAGACUCUUCAUCAGCACACGGCUUGGCACAGAUGAGAUCAGUCCCAAAGUGCUGCAGGCCCUAGGCUCUGAAUCCAUCCAGUAUGCCGUGCCAGUAGUGAAAUACGACCGCAAGGGCUACAAGCCUCGCUCCCGGCAGCUACUGCUCACACCCAGCGCUGUGGUCAUCGUGGAGGAUGCCAAAGUCAAGCAGAGGAUCGAUUACGCCAACCUGACUGGAAUCUCUGUCAGCAGCCUGAGUGAUAGCCUCUUUGUGCUUCAUGUGCAGCGUGAGGACAAUAAGCAGAAGGGGGAUGUGGUACUACAGAGUGACCAUGUGAUUGAGACACUCACCAAGACAGCCCUCAGUGCGGAUCGUGUGAACAACAUCAACAUCAACCAGGGCAGCAUCACAUUUGCAGGGGGACCUGGCAGGGAUGGCAUCAUUGACUUCACACCUGGCUCAGAGCUGCUUAUCACCAAGGCCAAGAAUGGGCACCUGGCUGUGGUGGCCCCACGGCUGAAUUCUCGGUGAUGAAGGUGCCCACUGGAUCCCCUCCGAACUCUCAAUGCUUUGCUUACCCAUUCUCUCCUUCCCAGUUACCAAAGACUCGAGCUUCCAGACAGGGACCCAGGGACACCUCAAAGCCCACCUGCAGCCUCCUGCCUCCUGCUCACUCCUCUCUCAAGGAAACAGCAGGGGCUAUGGAGCUACCCCAGGAGUGGGCCAGGCCGGGCCACAGCAAUAGGAAAGCCAGGGCCAGAGCAAGCCAUGCCAGCCCAAUGCUGAUGCCAAAUAUGUGAGAGAAGGGAAUUUUUGCUGAGAUUUUCUCUGAGAUUUUUUGAUGCUUUAUAGGAAACUAUUUUUAAAAAAAAAAAGCCAUUUUCCUAUCCCAAGGCACACUGGAUGUGUUUUUCCUGACUCAAACAGGGCAAGGAAUGUAGCUGAGAGGUUGGGUGGGCUGGGCUGUGGGCCCCUCUCCCCUGGCCAGGCCACCCUCUUCUCGUUCCCUUGGCACCUUGUCUGUCUGCCUGCCUGCCUGUCUGUCCACAUAUACCUUUUGCAGCCCUAUCUGACCUCCACCUGGGGGCUGAGACCACCUUUGCCUGCCUUCUUCCUGCCUUAAGAAUGCCCUUUUAGGGUCUGAAGGUAUAGCUUGAUGUUAGAGCCCAUGCUUAGCAUAUGUGAGGCCCUGGGUUCAAGCCCCAGUAUAAAUAACAAAUGCCCUUUUAAUAUUGUCAUCCCCAGUCUGAGGGCAUCCUGGGGUGGGAAAAGAAGUCUUAAACCAUAAAAUUUGGAAAACUCAGAUUAUAUAGUCUAGCUACCUGGGGUAACAGAAUUAGAGACAGAGGCCCAAAGAGGAAAAGGCAUUGACCAAGGUCAUACUGUAGGUUGGGGCAAAACUAGGACUGCAGCCCCAUCCUCAGCACACUUCACUGCCACUCCCAGGGACAGGGGAACCCCAUAAAACAUGGGUCAUGUCUUAAGUGUGCAUCUGGCUCCCUGACCAGCAAUCACCCUUGGGGGCCACCAGUUGGGAGGAACACGUCUGCCUGAGUUCAUGCCUCAGGAUGACAACUCCCUCCCAUACACUUUUGACCCAGUUUAAGAUUUAGAGUCUUUACUGGCCUGGCCUCUGCCUGGCUUGUGUGCAUGGGGAAGGGGCUGACCUUGAGAAGGGGCUGGCAGGGGCAUCACUUCUUUCUGCUGCUUCCCCUCUGCCCCAGAGGGCCUGGGGGCUGCCCAGCUGCCUCUGUGCCCUCCAGGGGUCUCAGCCCACUGCCGACACUUUUGCAAUCUGGAGAAACACUAAAUAAAGCAAUAUGUGUUUGCCA